AUGGCAACCGUGCAGAAGCAAAGAAAUUCUCUGAGUGCAGCCAUAUUCCCCAACAAAAUAGCGACAGAACAGCAAUCGCUCAUCUUGGUGAAACGGCUGCUGGCCGUCUCCGUCUCCUGUAUCACGUAUCUAAGAGGCAUUUUCCCAGAAUGUGCCUAUGGAACAAGAUAUUUAGAUGAUCUCUGCGUGAAGAUCCUGAAAGAAGAUAAAAACUGCCCCAGCUCCAGCCAGUUAGUGAAAUGGAUGCUAGGCUGUUACGAUGCGCUGCAGAAAAAAUACCUCAGAUUAAUUGUCUUAGCGGUCUACACCAAUCAGCAGGACCCCCAGACAGUUACCGAAUGUUACCAGUUUAAGUUCAAAUACACAAACAAAGGACCCUCGAUGGAUUUCAGAAGUCUAAACAGGGUUAGUAAAUCGAGCAUCACAUGCGCCGAUACGAAGAAAGCAAGUAUCCUGCUCAUCCGGAAGAUUUAUAUCCUGAUGCAAAAUCUGGGCCCGCUGCCUGAUAACGUCUGUCUGACGAUGAAGCUGUUCUAUUAUGAUGAAGUUACGCCAGCUGACUACCAGCCCCCGGGGUUCAAAGAGGGCGAUUGCGAAGGGAUGGCAUUUGAGGGGGAGCCAAUGUACCUCAAUGUUGGGGAAGUUCCCACCCCGUUUCACAUGCUGAAAGUGAAAGUGACGACAGAGAAGGAUCGUAUGGAGCGUGUCGAUAAAGCCAUACUAAAGGAGGACCCCUCCCUUGCUUCUGCGCAGGGCUGGCCCCUUCAUGAAGGCCACAACCAGAAAAUGGAUGAAGAUUUUAUUGCAGAAAACAAAACGGGAGAGCAGAAGAACGCAAACAGAAAGCUGCACCCUGGAGAACAAAAUCUAAAUGGCAAAGAUGAAGAAAAAAUGACAGAAGAACACCAGAACAGUACGAUCAGUGAUUCUAAGGUGGGUCAUUUAAUAAGCAAGACAUCAGAGCUUGAAGUCACCGAGGGCAAAACCCGAAGCGGGAAAAGAUUUCAGCGUCACACAGUCUAUCGCCUGGAUUUCUCUUCCAGCCAAGAAUUCGGUCCCAAACGGAAGAAAAUUAGCGAACCAAAGGAACAGUUCUAGAUCCCCCCUUCUGGUUUUGCCCCGACUUCUCCCCCAAAACGUUUUUCUCACUGUUGCUACUCGUUCGAUGUUUAAGAAGGAACGCGUUGUAAAAGAUUA